UCAGGUUUAAAAUAUGCCGAGGUGUCAUUAAACAACUAUUCCGUUCUUUUAUGCGUUGCUAUAUACGACUUUAUAGUAAUGUUGUUAUUCGUUUCGUUGUUCUUGUUUAGACGAAGGACAGGACGCUUCCAACACGUUCAGGGUGGAGCCUACAUCCGGGAAUGUAAUCCUAAACGCCGUCCUCGACAGAGAAGUGUUACCAGGCAACGCGCCUUAUUUUUCCGUACAAAUACAAGCCAUGCUAAAGAACAACCCGGAAGCUAACAUCACCGGAAAGCUAAAGCUAUAUAUAACAGAUGACAACGAGUUUGCUCCAUCGUUUGACAAGAGUUUCUACAAAAGGUUGGUGAGUUGUGAUAUUGGAAUUGGAUACAGCGUUCUGGAAUUCACCCUGAAGGAUGAAGACGCAACUGCAGACUUUGAGCUGAGGGUGCAGACUCCAAGCAUGUAUGUUGACGCUGUCACAAACUCUGGAGUUGGCGCGCUGGUCCUGAAAACUCGCCCAGCUUCGCCCAGCAAAGGAGAGCCGCUACAGGUCUUCCUGAAGCUCGUUCUCUCAGACGGCGGAGUUCCUGAGAAGACCUCAGAAGCUUACGUACUUCUGAUCAUCCCUUGGUGCAGCGAGAUCAUCACACUGCCAGCAAGUACACCAGGGGACACGGAUAUUACUAGCGACUCCGCGAGUGUCCCAGGUGUGACGUCUGAUGACGAUGAAAGCAAGGGAACGUCACGUGAUAAGGAUGUAACCUGGGAGACGACUGAGAAGGACAGGGUAACGGAUUCGCUGACUUCUGUGACGGUUGAUUUGACGUCACGGAGACCGAGAGUUUCAGUCAUGACGUCAAUGGCCACACCUGUCAACGCGGUGAUUCAACAAAUCAUUGUCGACGAGGCCGGAGCGUGGGUGGUCCGCGUUUUAUGCAUUAUCCUCUUCUUGGGCUACGUCGUGCUUAUAGGACUCUUCGUCAAGAAAAAACUAUUUCUGCAGUUAGGACGAGUGGAACCCCAGCCGAACCAACCUGAAGGCAACAACACAAAUGAAAACCCGACUGCCCCGGACACUUCCUCUCAGAUUGUAGCGCAGACGAACUAUCAAGACGAGGCUCCGCCUGACCCGAUGGUGCUGCCACCAUACAGCGGUCCCGCUUACGACCAAAUGAGCCCAGUGCCCCCGGUGUCGAUAGCUGCACCCCUGGCACCACCAACCACGAUGUCCGGCAGCUUGACGCCCAUGCCGUCGUUACUACCUGAACCGACUAAUUCCACUCCGCCAUUAUGCACCGCUUCUCAGGCGCCACCAAAAUAUCUACCGCCCAUUCAUCUCGACCAAGGCCCCAAACCACCAGAGUUGUAGGCUAUCACGCGUGUUGAUGAGUGUAAAACGAUUGGUGAAGAAACACAUGAAAAUAUUCAGAAGAUUUCUCGAGUACUGCACAUUAUAGAUAGUACGCGCACAGUGUGUUUUAGGUGUAUCGUUGCGACUUCAUAUUCUACACAUCAACUGUUUUGUGACACGUGGUGGUCCGCAGAAUGUACCCAGCGUCAAAUGUCAAAAGAAAAAUUAAAUAAACUCUAUCAAGAUAUCAAUGUAAACAAAGACUUCAUAAAAGAGGUCUCUUUCAUAGUAUUUCCAUAAGUACAAAUUGUACAGGUUGAAGGACUACAAAAUGAAAAUUUCCCCUCCGUCCAUCACUUAGUUAUUUUUGGAACAGCUAGAGACGUAACUGGUGCAAAAUGAUAAAUGUGUCACGUCAGUGGGUCCAUAGAUCUAGGCUACCUUUAAAAAAUCAAAAAUUGGUGUACGUGCAGGUUACUUAAAUCAAUGACUCUUCUAAUGUCUGGCUGCCAUGCAGUAUGAACAAUACCGCAGAUAGUCGCAGACAGAAGCAGAUAUCAUGAUCUCAUUGUAAUGACGUCACACGCAUGCGCCAUGACACAAGACGUUAAACCUUACCGAUUAACGCCGACUCGAGUUGACAGUAGUCUGAAAAUGUACACUUACACACACACACACACACCGGCCGAUGUAAUUAUUAGUAACUUUAAACGUCACUAACCAAACAAAACAAAAAUAUAUAAUUAUUAUUACGAUGACAUGUUUGCUUAUACGUACUUGGCCACACAUGAUGUAUAUCCAGAUUAUAUUAUAUGAACACCAACUUGUGGUUUGUGUAUAACGAUGUUCUUAAAUAUGUACAUGUAUCUAAUGCAUUUAGAGUUUUUGUUAUACGUAUUGUUCUUAUAGAAUUUUAUUUAUUGGUCUUUGUAUAUGUUUAUUAUCAACCAUCUUGUCACGUGAAUGUUAUAAAUUGUAUAUGUAUUAUAUA